AUGGCGAAUCAAAGUAUUAUCCCUGAAAUCUCUCACUUCAUCACGUCGUACGAUCCGCAGGGUAAAUCAACAUUCCUCGCUGCGCCAAACCCGCCACUUGUGCAGCAGAGUAAUGAUUUUCUGCGUGUGGAUUACAUUUACUCUACUGUCGCUUCUCCAAACGGGCCUGUCCUUACGGACAUGGACGAUUACAGGAAGAAUGAAGAUGUUCGCAGAGAACAUCCAUACGUCAUGUUUCCCCUUGCGGGUGGAAGUGCUGCUAUGGUCGCGAGUUUUGCACCGAAUCCUGAUGGAAAGGAUGGAUUUAUGCAUCGGUCGCAGACCCUUGAUUACGUGUUCAUUAUAGAUGGGGAGCUGGAGUUGACUUUGGACAGUGGGGAAAAAAGGAUUAUGAAGCCGGGUGACGUGUGUGUGCAGCGUGCAUCUCAGCACUCUUGGAAAAAUUUGAGCAAGACGGAGUUCGCGAGGUUUGGGGCCGUUACUUUAGGGAUUGAAGGUGCGAAAUUGAAUGAAAUGAUCUUUCCCGAAGCAGUAUAA